AUGGCGAUAGAGAAGGAACCUCCAGUGGAACGUCGGCCAACUACUACGGCCGAAGAGAAGCACAGCCCAGGGUCCGUCAAUGAUUUUGAUGUCAUCCACGAGCAUGGCCACGGCAACAAUGAAGUUGCUAUCCUGAGAAAAGACUACGAGGAUAAGCCGACGGACGAGGAAUUUGCCACUCUCCGACGCGUCCCUGGAAAGAUUCCCACGGUCGCGUACCUUCUCUGUGCGGUUGAGUUUUGCGAACGUGCUUCUUACUAUGGCUGCGCCCAAAUCUGGACAAACUACAUCAACAGGCCUCUGCCCAAGGGAGGAAAUGGCUAUGGUGCUGUGGCAGCUGGAAGUCAGAGUACUCAGGGUGCCCUAGGCAUGGGAGAGGCCAUUGCCAAUGCCACCACGCAGUCGUUCAGUUUGCUAGCCUACUGCCUCCCACUCUUUGUUGGGUAUCUCGCCGACACACGAUUUGGCCGAUACCCCAUGAUUUUCUGGGGUGUCAUCAUCUGUGGUGUCGGGCAUAUUCUUAUCGUUGCAGGCGGUGCGAAAGAACUCAUUGCCAAUGAUACUGCCAAGAUCCCCUUCUUCCUCGGCGUAUAUAUCCUGGCUAUUGGAGCCGCAAUGUUCAAACCCAAUGUCUCGCCUUUGCUACUUGACCAGAUGAGAUCCCACGUACCGAAAGUAGUCACACUCAAAUCAGGUGAGAGAGUGAUUGAGGACCCCGAGCACUCUACUGAGAGAGUCAUGUUGUGGUUCUAUCUCCUCAUCAACAUUGGCGCCUUCAUGUCCACGGCAACCUCAUACUCUGCAAGAUAUGUAGGCUGGUGGUUGGCCUUCUUGCUUCCAUUGCUUCUCUAUCUUCCCCUACCUCUUCUCUUGUUGUGGUUGAAGCCACGCCUCGUUCUUCACAAGCCUGGCGGCUCUGACCUUCCCAAUGUGCUCCGAGCCAUUGGUCACGGUAUGGCUGAUGGCGGCAUCUUCAGAAUCGGACGCGCAGGGUGGUGGGAAAAUGCCAAGCCAUCGGUCAGGGCCCAAAAAGGACUAUCCCCUGAGACUCACUACAGCGAUGAGUUUGUCGUGGAUGUGCAGCGGACUAUGCAGGCAACUGGCAUGUUUUGCUUCUUCCCUGUUCAAUACUGGAACGACAACGGUCUUGGAAAUUCGGCCAACUAUUUGGGCACCAUGCUCACCGGUAACGGUGUUCCCAACGAUGUAAUUGGCAACUUCAACUCCCUCAGUAUUAUUCUACUGGGGCCCGUUCUUAACUACGGCGUUUACCCUCUCUUGCGCAAGGGCAGAAUCCAUUACGGCCCUGUUGCUCGCAUCUGUACUGGGUUUUUCCUCAGCACUCUUGGGGGCAUCGGCUACGCCGUGCUCACUUAUAAGGCGUAUGAGACAUCCCCUUGCGGCUGGUAUGGCUCUUCCGAUCCCAACUGUGUGGACAUUGGUCUAGUUUCGCCCAUUUCAUUGUGGUGGGAGGGCAUUCCAUACGCAUUGGGUGGAUUUUCAGAGCUCUUUAUCAACGUACCUGGUAUGCUGCACUACCUCACUAUUGUGCUUGUCGCCUGCUCGUUGUAUACUAACAUGGUGUUCACAGCCUACGGCAUCGCUUACUCGCGUGCUCCAGUUAACAUGAGGGGCUUGGUCUCAGCCAUCAACCUCUUCAACACCGGUUUUGCCUAUAUUGUGAACCUCGCUGCUUCCGCCGCUAUUGCCGAUCCCCAUUUGAUCUGGGACUUUGCUGGGCCGGCCAUCUUGGGAGCUAUCGUGACCGUUAGUUUUUGGUUCAUCUUCAAGCAUAUUGAUAAGGAGGAAUAUGUACUUUCCACUACCCAGACUAGUGAGGCUGCGGAAGCUGAGGCCAUUGAGGAUACGGAGGCGGCGCCGACAUACCGCCACUGA